GUCAUCGCCAUUUUGUGCAUUCGCAGUUUCGCUUUUUGAUAAUUUUUUAAAAAUUAUCCGCCAGUUAUGUUUUAGUCGACGUUUCCGUCGUUUCGGAAGAUAUAUAUUAAAUUACAUAAACGUUCUGCUGUGAUUUUUUUCAGAAAAAGUUAUAGUUUUGACGUUUUGAGGAGUUCACAAUCAUGGCCGCCGUGCGAGACUCAGAAGCUGGAAAGAUUUUCAUCGGCGGUCUGUCGUACAACACCACAGACGAAUCCCUCACGAACUAUUUCAUUCGAUUUGGUGAAAUCAAGGACAGUGUGGUGAUGAAAGAAAGAGACGGCAAGCCCCGUGGAUUCGGAUUUAUUACUUACGCCGAUCCGAAUUCCGCCGAAGUUGUUCUCUCCUCACCCACGGGAUCCCAUGUCAUAGACGGCAAAGCGGUUGACGUAAAGCGCUGCGUGAGUCGCGAAGAAGCUCCUCCGCCAUCGGGAAAAUACAGCCAAGGGUUCGGUGAUGGAUUCGGGGGUCGCGGAGGCCGUGGCGGUCGCGGUGGCUUUGGAGCGGACCGUGGCGGUCGUGGUGCGAUGCGAGGAGGGUUCGUUGGAGCCACAAACGGCGCUGGUGGCGGCCGCGAUAAGAGCACACUGAACAAGAUCUUCGUUGGCGGUCUGCCGGCUGAAUGCACCGAAGCGGAUCUCGCUGCUGCCUUCCAGAUGUAUGGCAAUGUAAAGGAUACGAUUGUCAUGAUGGAUCAGAGCACCGGACGAUCAAAAGGAUUUGGAUUUGUAACAUUUGAUUCUGAUGAUGGCGUUGAACGCUCCUGUCGAGAACAUUAUGUUACCAUCUUAAAUAAGAAGGUUGAAUGUAAGCGAGCCACAGCUGGUGGAGGAGCUGGUGACGCGAGUCCACGUGGUGGUUUUCGAGGGGCCGUGGUGGCGGACGUGGCGGGGCCAGAGGAGGAUACACGAACGGAUACGGCGGGCAGCCUGGUUAUGACCAGCAACAACAAUGGGGCCAGCAGGCGUAUAGUCAGCCUCCACAGUACCAGCAGCCACAGAACCAAUGGGGACAGCAACAGUGGCCAGGAUAUGGGCAGGCCCAGCCGCAAACUAGUUAUCCUGGAUAUCCCAGCUACCCUGGAUAUAAUCCUGCAGCAACCGCGGGAACCGGAUAUGGAAGCUACGAAGCUGCCGCUCAGCAGUACAGCUAUCCUGGAUAUCCGCAGCCUGGACAAACUAGCGGCUACGCACAGACAGCUGGAUACGGCGAUCCCGCGGCGGCCGGCGCGGCUGCUGGCGCACAAGCGGCGCAAGCCUAUGCAACGUCGGGAUAUCCGGCCGCAGCAGCGGCUCCGGCAGCAACAGGAGCAACGCGUGGACGAGGAGGCGCCGCGCAGUACCACCCAUACAGACGCUAGUCGCGUUGUCCCUGCUUCAUUUCAUGUGAAUAUCUCAUCGGCGUUACUGAGGAAACAUUCAUCAUUGUUUUGUUUCACUCGCGGAGGAUGGGCGGAGUUUUUAAAAGGAACGUACGAUAUGGGCCUGAGUGGCGCGCAUCUGUUUAUCUGCGACUCUGCCAUCAGUUUCGCUUUUUUGUUUCUGUUAAAUGUGAAAUAUUAAUUUAUCAUGUCGAUCAGCAGCAUUUGCCACUUGGUAUGACUAAGCACUUGUUGUAUGUAUUUAGAAACCGAUUUGCAGUAUUCGUAUACCGUAUAGAAUUAAAUGAAAAGCGAAAUCUGAGCAUGUGUCGUUCGAGCGAGAGUUCACUUGAAAAAGAGUUUGGCAAUCCCCUCAUUUUGAAGCGU